UGGGGCCAUCAAUGGCCAUAUCUGAGGCCGACUUCCCACACUUGGCAAGGAUCAUGCACCCUGUACUAAUCUGGCAGAAACUGCCGAGGAUCCAACCCAGCAAUAGCCGGCCUGACUUAGUUGUGAGUGAGUCAGCUUCCUCAAGUUGCUGGGUCGUUUUCGGCGUGUCCUGCGCCGGUCGGCUUCGAACGGUAUCACGAUUUCAAAAGGGCCACACGGUAAGGAAUACCGAGUCGACCUACCGGCAAUACGACCACCAUCAACCCCGCCUCCUCUCCAGUGUUCUUGUCCUACGGAGCGAACCUUGAAUCUUAGGAACACACGGCCGAAUUUCCUCUGGGCCUGUUACUCGAUCGGUCGCUACUCUCGCAAAGAUUCCGCUCACAAUGAUGUAUGCCAUGAGUGCCGAGGAUUACUUAGCAUUGUGCUCCCGCAUUUGGUGACCCCCGGGUCGGCCUUUGGUGGUGAGCACGGCUAGAGUCCUCAGUCCGUGCUUCUAUCGGCCAAGAGCACGCUUAUGCACCAUCAUCAAACCCGGCUGGAAAGCUUGCCACCCACGUCCUUAUCGCGUUGUCCAUUGGCAUCGCUACACCCGAUUCGUAUCUCAAUUUGAAGCAUCAACUCCUCUGGUCUGAUUGCUGACUGUUGGCUCCAUUGGUUUCGAGCCUGGCGCCAGAAAUCCGCGUCUUUUGAGACACCCUUGUUCGCGCGAAAUAACAGACUUUGUCGAGAUCUCAGUGGGUUGCCCCCAAGCCAAUUCCAAGGCCUUGGCCCGCCACUAGGGGCGUUCUCCCAACCCACUCCGGUUGUCAGUAUCAUCGCACCUCAUGGAUCAUGUCAUUCACACCUUAAUGGGGAAAUGAGCAAACGCAUACCUCGGUCUGCUAGUAUGAGUGUGUAUUGGCUAUGGGCAGAAUUCAAGUCUGUAAGUUGGAAGGAUUGUGACCCAACAAUGUGGCAGGGCACUUAAUGCGUGAUUGCCACGUCGGACGACCAAUCGCACAGGCUCAUGCCCACAUGGCGUACCCCAGACUCAGGUCUGCACACCUGUGGAUGCUCAUGGCCUUCACUCAGCUUUCUGGGGUUGCCAGCCCUUGCUGGUGGCUACCGUCACUGCUAAUCACUACUGCGCCUAGCCUAUCGUACUCGAAGCGUUGCAUCUCCCUGGGCCCUCAAUUUUUUAAUCCUUGUCUCAUGCUUGUCGCCGUCGUGUUCUCGACCUUGGCCUGACAUUCUUUUGCCCUAUUCGAUUGCUUUGUUGGAGCUUAGCUUUUCACCUGUGCGACUUCCCAGCGGAGCCUCGAGUCUUGGACAUUGCCUAUGAAUGUACGGAGCGUACUCGAUACCGUCUAUAUAAUCCGUCAUAUCCCUCGCCUCAGAUUGACUGCUCUCCCACUGUUCUCCCACUCCUUCACUCGUCCUCCUUCACUGUUGCCUCUCCAGAAUAUCCCUGACUUGAACUUGCCCAACAUGAAUCAAAAGACUAACACGGAUGACAAUGCUAUCAUGGAAAAAGAUCUUGACAUUGAUCAGCUCGAGAGAGCUGAGACUCAAGUAUCUAUCGAUUCGGACAAGGCCAACGAUGCUCGCAUCGCAGCCUUCAGCCCACAAGAACAAAAGAAGAUCAUCAGACACAUCGACAGACGACUAGUGUUGACUCUCGGCUUCCUCUACUGUGUUUCCUUGAUGGAUCGAACCAACACCGGUAUUGCUGUCGUUGCUGGUAUGGGCGUCGAUCUCAAGCUCAUCGAUAAUCGAUACUCCAUCAUUGUCCUUCUCUUCUUCAUCACCUAUGUCCUGCUGCAGCCCCCUGCUACAGUGGUGUUGCGCAAAGUCGGACCCCGCAUCUUCUUGCCGACCAUCACCUUGCUCUGGGGUAUUACCAUGAUCACAUUUGGAUUCGUCAAGGACUGGUAUGAUCUCAUUCCCUUGAGGUUGGUCCUAGGUAUCUUUGAGGCUGGUUUCUUUCCCGGCUGCGCGUACCUGCUCAGUUGCUGGUAUCCUCGAUAUGAACUGCAGAAGCGAAAUGCUGUCUUCUAUUUGAUCGGAUCCAUGGCUUCUGCAUUUUCUGGCAUCCUCGCCUACGGAUUCUCUCAGCUCAAGAACCACGGUUCAGGACCCAAGUGGUGGGGACAACAUUACGGCCCUACCCCCACCAACCCAGAUGCACCCUCUGGCAUUCUUCCUGGAAUUGCUGGCUGGAGAUGGAUAUUUAUUCUGCAAGGCGUCGUCACUUGCGCAAUGGCUCUCUUCUCGUAUCUGGUCAUCGUUGAUUUCCCCGAACUGUCCACCAACAGCUUUGGGUUCAAAUUCCUCAAUGAAAAGGAGGCUGCCUUUGUAGUAGCUCGCAUCGAGAAAGAUCGCCAUGAUGCAAUCCCAGAAGAGUUCAAGUUGGGUAAAUACCUCAAGUCUGCGCUAGAUCUGAAAGUCUGGGGGUUUGCUGCACUCUUCGGUCUAACCACCACGAACACUUAUGCGAUUGCAUACUUUUUGCCAAUCAUUCUGAAUGAGGGCAUGGGUUUCGGUGUCGCGGCCUCACAAUGUCUCAUCUCCCCACCCUAUGUUCUUGCUGCCAUUGUCAUGUACGCCUUCGCCGUACUUGGAGACAAAUACCACCUCCGGUCGCCAUUUAUUCUCAUCAAUGGGUGUCUACUUUUGAUUGGUAAGUGCGCCCUGAUUUCCACCAAGUCUUCACAGUAUGCUGACGAUAUGUGUACAAGGCCUUCCUCUUCUUGGCUAUCUCGACAAUGUCGGAGUUCGCUAUUUUGGCGUCUUCAUUGCCACGGCAGCCUGUAACGCCAACGUUCCCUGCGUCCUCACCUGGCAAGCGAACAACAUCCGAGGUCAGUGGAAGCGUGCGCUUUGCUCCGCGACCCUGGUCGGCGCGGGAGGUAUCGGUGGUAUCAUUGGUAGCACGGUCUUCCGUGACCAAGACAAGCCAAAAUACCACCCAGGUAUCCUCACAUGCAUGAUAUCCAGCGCUCUGAUCAUCGUCAUCACCUUGGCUCUUGACUACAAGUUCUGGAAAGCAAACAAGCGAGUCGACGAUGGUGGCAAGCCUAUCGAGGGUCUCCGAGGAUUCAAAUAUACAUUUUAGAAAGAGCUCAGACCGCCUGAUGAGAAGAAGGACGAGAUGGAUGCGGGGCGAUGUGGUUGUAUGUCAUGCAAGCCCCAGGCGUGCGUACGAAGAGAGUGAAGAAGUUUGGAAUUGUGGUGUGUCACGGCAACCAUCAUAAUAGCAGUCUCUUUGAUUUGACCGAGUUGCUAUGGUUUUUUAAAUAUAUACCAUCAACGAUGACGAUGUUGAAGCACU